AUGGCUUCAGUUCCAGAUAUUAAAGCAAUCUCCUAUGAUGUCUGUGGUGUCGUUAGCAUGGUUGGUUCUGGAUAUAAGGCAAAGGUAGCUUUGACCCAUGGACCUGAGAAUGUCAAACCUCAAGUCAGACAGACAGAUGGAAAUGGCAAUUUCUGCUUUGAGAGUAUGGCCUUAUGGCUGUUAAGCAAGCACGAGGAAGCUGUCUUGGCGUGGGAAUUUGAAAAAGGAUCUGAUUUGUACAAGUUUGAGAUACGAGAGUUAGAAUCUCUUAGAAAAUUUUAG